AUGGAUUAUGGUAUCCGCAGCUCAACAGACCCCGACCAACAGGAUGUCACCAUGCACUAUUCCAACGGCACGGAAUUCAAGGUGCCAAUGCAAGCUCUGGAUGUCUUCGUCAUGUACAAUGUCCGAGUGUGUAUCAACUACGGUUGCCAGCUUGGAGCAUCAAUUGUGCUACUGAUCAUCCUUCUACUUUUGACACACGCCGACAAACGCAAGUCAUCAGUUUUCAUCCUGAACGGACUGGCUCUGUUCUUCAACUCCAUGCGUCUACUGUUUCAAGUCAUUCACUUCUCCACCAAAUUCGAAGAAGUAUACCCAUACUUCUCUUACGACUACUCCGCCGUGCCGGCGAGUGCAUACGCCAUUUCAAUUAUGGCCACUGUCUUCCAAACUUUGGUAGUAAUCUCCAUUCAAGCAUCUCUUGUGCUUCAAACCAAUGUGAUUUGCUCAACUGUUCGUCGCCGAUACCGACGCCCUCUGCUGGGACUAUCGAUCCUGGUAGCCCUGUUGGUAAUUGGUUUCCGCUGUGCCUGGAUGGUCGAGAACUCAAUUGCCAUUUUCAAGGUGAUGUACAUGGAAUCUAUAUGGUGGAUCGAGAGCGCAACCAAUGUGACCCUCACCGUCUCCAUUUGCUUCUUCUGUGUGAUCUUUGUCACCAAGCUCGGAUUCGCCAUCAAGCAACGCCGUCAACUCGGCGUGCGCGAGUUUGGCCCCAUGAAAAUUAUCUUUAUCAUGGGCUGCCAGACCAUGAUCGUCCCAGCCAUCUUCUCAAUCACCCAGUACUACAUCACCGUCCCGGAACUAGCAUCCAACGUCCUCACCCUAGUUGCUAUCUCGCUCCCACUUUCAUCGAUCUGGGCUGGUGCUGCCCUCGAACAAUCUCGGUCGCCUCGCAGUCAAGCUCCACACCGGCGCAACCUAUGGCGAGUCCUCGUAGGUGGAGCAAACAGCACAUUGAGUCCAACCACCAAAGACAGUCCAACAGAUCUGACAGCCAUGGCCGCUGCCCAGACUCUAUGCUACUCAGAUCAAACCAUGAGUAAGUCUGUUGGUUCAGGGAGCUCGCGGGACACAGAUGCGUUCUAUGGGAUUGCUGUUGAGCAUGACGUUUCUGUGAACCGAAUUCAGAAGAAGCAUUCAAUUGUCUAA